UACAGAACCUAUAUACAGCGCGUGUGCUGCGUGAAUGGACUCUGAAUGCGUGCUUGUGUAUAUAACAUACAAGUUGUACGCGGGCGCGCGUAGGCACUGCCGCGGCUCGUCAAUCAGCGACGCGUAAAUAGCUAGAGCCCACUACAUCGCCACAUACACACAUACACGCGCUGUGCACAUUCGUCGUGACCAGGCAGGUCGGAUAUCGCGUCUGCUAUCGCGACCCGUAAUCUCCCAUUGACGUUGGCUGCGUGAUUGGCGCGUGAUGUCACGCUGAUGCGACCGGAUACACGUACACACGUAUACACCACUGGAUGCACGUAUACGUCACAUGUAGACAUAUUCGUCAUAUAGACUAACAGAUACGGAGCGGAAGAUGAGGUCACGAGUGCGUUUGUUUGCGGAGGAGUCAGCAAGCUAUGAGUAUGACUAUCAAAAAGUCGGAACUCGAGAGAAAGUCCUAUAUUCAACAGUUGGCGUUCGUUGCGCAUGUGCUGUGGCGCUAGUGGCUGUACGCGCGACACCUUUGUAGUUGCACGUGUGUUCAUUUAGGUGCUCUCCAACUAUAACUAUCCCAGUAACUGUACUAACUGAGCUGUGUGUGUGAGACAGACCCCGAGGUGUUGGUGGACAGCGUCGUGUUGUGAUAUAUUUAGGUGACAAGCGAACCAAGGAAUAGCACGCAUCGAUUUCUUACGCUGUCUUGACUGAUAUCGCCUGCAGGUAAAGCUGUUGCAGACGCAGACGUUUUUUUGAGUAGCACCAACUUGUUCAAAUGGGUGCGGACGUUGCAACGCAAGGGCAGUGUGUGUGUGGGAGAGGAUUCUAUUCCGUGAUGACGGGCCUUCAGGAAAAGUUUAGGAUACGGCGGAAAGCAAUGCCGACGCAGGAAGAACAACUACGAGAGACCCCCGUUGGUAUACUGGCAAUGAAUGCUCUGGAUCUGGUGGCACCGGCAUGUGAUUUGUUUGUCAAGUAUAGAAAGUCUAAAUGGAUACAACUCUCAGGGCAUGAAGGUUCGUUUUUUCCUGCGGGGUUAGACACUAUAUGGAAGAAACAUGUGGCUGGCUCCCACGAGGCUCAAGCUUACAAACUCAUCAUGGAGGAAGAAAACAUGCGGGAUAUGGUACCCACCUUCCACCAGGAGCUGGAGUAUAAAGGCUCACAUUACAUAGAAUUGACUGAUUUGCUGCACAAGUUUACAGAUCCUUGCAUCAUGGAUAUCAAAAUGGGUUGUAGGACAUUUCUAGAGUCUGAAGUAAAGAAUCCGGCGUUGCGGACAGAUCUGUACGACAAGAUGGUAAAGCUGGAUGCAGACGAACCUACAGCCGAGGAGCAUAGUAAUGCUGCAGUCACGAAGCUCCGCUACAUGCAGUUCAGAGAGAUGGCCAGCUCAACCUCAACAUUAUCAUUCCGAAUUGAAGGCAUCAAGCUAAGUGGCCAUGAAGUGGUCAGUAACGGCAAUCUGAAGAAAGUGCGAUCCAAGGAUGAUGUACUUAAAACCAUGUCAGAGUUUCUUUUAGGAAAUUCUGAAGUCACGACAGGGCUGAGUGUUGAAUUGCGGAAAUUGCGUGAUAACUUCGAGAAGUCUUCUUUCUUCAGUAUGCAUGAGGUCAUCGGUAGUUCAUUACUGUUGAUAUACGAUGACACGUCAGUAGGCGUAUGGAUGAUAGAUUUGGCAAAGACUGCUGCGAUAUCAGAUGCAUUAGAGAUUGACCAUCGGUCACCGUGGAUCCUAGGGAACCAUGAGGAUGGAUACCUACAUGGUCUGGAUAAUCUUAUUGAGAUUGUGGACAAAUGUCAAUAAUGACUGGAUACUGGAUAGCUUCAAUAUAUUUAUAUACACGUAUAUAUACAUGUGUACAUCGGCAGAUUUAUAGAAAAACAGCCACACAUUCACGCAAAUCCAUACUUUAAGCCUGUCCCUCAUUUCCUUACAUCUCUGCCUCAGCCUAGGUUGUGAUGGUUUGAAACCAGAUGUGUUAUUCAAAGAUUAUCUACAUUUUCAUUUAUGGAGAGAUCAUUAUCGACAAGCCUCUAAUGAUGAUUUAAGUGCGUGCAUUGUUCGUGAUAUUUAAGGGGCUGCAAGCUUUGUGCAUACUUCAAAGAUAUGAUAUCAUUGCAAAAUGUUCUAUUGGUCAUGUUAUAGUGGUAUUAACUGGCUAUGAAAGCCAAUUAAUACCGCCAAGUUAAUCAUACAGCCAGUAAUUAGUCUUACAUAAUUUCACUGUCAGCGCAGAUGCUAUAUAUCAACAGUGAGUGUAAUGUAGUUUUUGUAAGAUCAUAUUUCAUUAGGCCUUUUGCCAAACAAUGUUUGUCAAUAAUCUAGGGACAUGUUUCACCCCAAACCAGAUAUACCCCGUUUUCAGAGAAAUGUACCACUGUCUGAAACCCGAAUAUAAGAAAAAGAUUCAAGCAGUCAAAGUAGGUUUUCUUUUUGGAUCACUGUGUCACGCAGAGAGUUUCAUGCCUCGCGUUUUCUAGUUUCGUUUUCAUGCGAAGUCUGUUUUCACAUGACAGUUCUGAAUUGAGAUUAACAUAUUGUGCAUUAUUUGACAUGCUAUAUGUAUAUAUAUAUAUAUAUAUAUAUACAUAUAUGAUAUCGUGUGUUGCACAAUUUGUCGAACAAUUUAUAUUUAUAUGCUACACAGGAAAGCGGGAGAAAGAUUACAGAAGAUUAGUGGGUGAAAGAUUGGUUACGCAAGGCAGUGUGUAGUAUUUGAGACAUAGGAAGGCUUGCAAGGUUAUACAGGCCAAGUGUGUGUGAAAAGUUUGUUACUCGGUGCAAUGUGUAUAUUGUUACACAGGACUGCAUGAAAGGUUGGUUCCGCUUAUGGGUAUAGGAUUCUAUAACAUAUGCUACGUAAGUCGAUACAAGAUUACUCGUAAGUAAUUACAGAAGGCAGUGGCUCGGUUUUAAACAAUAGUAUUUACAUUUAAAUGAAUUUAAAAUAAUUGAGAAUAAUAGCAUCAAGUUACUUAAAAAAAAAUGUUACUGUAAGAUUAAUAAUUGAGGGCAAUAAUCAUCUGUGUAUGUUAUUGUUUGAUAUGCAUUACCAGUUGAUCUAAAAACUUUUAAAGUGCGCAAUUUUUAAUUUCCUUGUGACUAAAUAGAGAAAAGAAGAUUCUUGCUAACGUCUAAAGCAGUGGGGUGUAUUACUAUUUAUUGUAUUUUUAUUUAAAGCAAGUUUUUGUAAUCUCA